AUCUCUUUUAUAUCAUCUACAUUUCUUCCCACUGACUUGUCCAGGCCCCGAAAACACAACAAAAUGCCCCACACUUCAGCGCCUCCUGUUCUCUACUCGUUCGACGACACCAAGCAUCUCCAGUCGUCGCUCGCCAACUUUAUCCUCAAAGCUCAGGCAGACGCCGUCGCCCAUCGCGGCGUGUUCACGAUCGCCCUUUCAGGCGGAUCGCUUCCUAACCAGCUCCGUCCCUUGGCGGACAUUGAGGGGAUUCACUGGGAUAAGUGGCAAGUUUUCUUUUCGGACGAGCGUAUUGUGCCCCUGGAUCACCCCGAUAGCAACUAUGCGGCCUGCGCCAAGGCGUUCUUGGACCAUGUGCCAAUCAAAAAGGAGCAGAUUCACACUAUCAACACCUCGCUCUUCCGGGAACAGACCCGCUCAGACCCUACUGCUGAGAUCAAGCCGGGGGAGGAGGAUGCGGCGGAGAACGAGGCCGUUGAUAUCGCAGACGACUAUGAAAAGCAGCUCGUCCAGACUUUUGGCGGGGGCAAUGCUGCUCGAUACCCUACCUUUGACCUCAUCCUCCUCGGUAUGGGUCCCGACGGCCACACUUGCUCCCUGUUCCCCGGCCAUGAGCUUUUGUCCGAGAACGACAGGUGGGUUGCGGAGAUCCAGGACAGCCCCAAGCCUCCCAAGAGAAGAAUCACCUUUACUUACCCCGUGCUGAACCACGCUUUCCGAUGUGCAUUCGUUGCUUCAGGUGAAGGCAAGCAGGAUAUGCUCUCUCAAAUUCUUGACAACCCUGAAGAAGGCCUUCCAUGCUCUCGCGUCCGCCCCAACUCCCCCGGUCUCGUAUUCUGGUUCGUUGACGCUUCCGCUUCGGCCAAGAUCCAGUACCCCAAGACCGAAUACAAGUGGAUCCAGGCUGCGGGCGAGGAUGACCCAGUCGCCGUCGAGAGGAAGAAGAUGAAGAGUGAGAUGGAUGCCGCCGUCAAGGAGGGCGAGCGGCAGUGAAGACGGAGGGGAAGGUUAUGAGGUUUCCUCGAAACAAGGAAAAAUGAGAAUGUAUGAUGUCUUUUUUUAGAUGGUGUGGCAUACGACUAGCAAUAUAGUUCUUUUCUUGUACAUGGUACGAAGAUGAAAGUAGUCGAGUCGUCAUAAAAUGUCCAUGUUGAAAGGACUUUAGUUUAAAUAUUUCCACCGUAGAGACGAUUGGGUCUUCAAUAAUUAAUGCAACUCACAAAUGAGAUCGCA